AUGACUUCUGUCAUCACUUACAGCACACAGACUUCUAAUGCUGCAGUCACACUGGAUUAUGGUUCUCCACGAGAUAUAGAGGUUGAUGAAUCGGACUUUGAUAAAAUGUCAAAGGAAGAAGUUUCUGAUAAAAGAGAUGUACUACAGAUAGUUACACAGAGUUUUGUCUCAACUGGUCCAGGCUUUUAUACCACCAGAAGAGAUGGUGAGGCCAAACUGAGAUUGGAUGAUCCUGAUUCUUCAGAACGGCCACCAGUGACUGUCCAUCAGACGUUCGUGGAGUCUGUUAGAAAGUAUGGGGACUACAUGGCCCUCGCAUCAAAGAAUGGCGAAAACUGGAAGAAGCUAACGUUCAAGCAGUAUUACAAUGAAUGUAGAGAUGCUGGAAAAAGCUUUCUGAAGCUUGGACUCCAACGUUUCCAUGGUGUUGGAAUUCUGGGUUUCAAUUCUCCAGAGUGGUUCAUUGCGAAUAUCGGAGCAAUCCUGGCAGGUGGAUUGGCCGUCGGAAUCUACGCUACAAACUCUCCUGAAGCCUGUCAAUAUGUAGCAAGUGACAGUGAAGCUAAUGUUUUGGUCGUAGAGAACAACAAACAACUACAGAAGAUCUUGCAGAUUCAGGAUCAGCUUCCCCACCUAAAAGCAAUUGUACAGUACAAGGAUGAACUGAAGGAGAAGAGGCCAAAUCUUUACACUUGGAUGGAGUUCAUGCAGCUUGGGAAAGAUGUACCAGAUUCUCAACUUGAUGAGAUCAUUGCUUCCCAGAAACCGAAUCAGUGUUGCACACUCGUUUACACUUCGGGGACCACUGGACCGCCAAAGGGAGUCAUGCUGAGCCACGAUAAUCCCUAA